CUCAAGUUCAUUUGCUUUGGAGCUUCUAAUUAUUGUUGAAAUAAGACUUUGAUUUGGUUCAUCUAUAACAUCAAAGCUUUAGAGUAAGGAGAGUUGAGAAGGGAAUCAGAAUUUGAAGGGUUACAUAUAUGAUGGAGAAGGUGAGUCAGUAUGUGCGUGUUUUUAACCACUUUGAUGAGAACGGAGACGGGAGAAUAUCGGCGUCGGAGUUGCGGCAGUGCGUGGAGGCGAUCGGCGGGAAGGUGUCUUGGGCGGAGGCGGAGGCCUUGGUGGAGGUUCUGGACUCGGACAAGGACGGGUUGGUGGGGUUGGAUGAUUUUGUGAGGUUUGUGGAGGAAGGAGAAGAAGAAGAGAAAGUGAAAGACCUAAAAGAGGCUUUUAAGAUGUAUGAAAUGGAAGGGUGUGGUUGCAUCACACCAAAGAGUUUGAAGAGAAUGCUUGGUAGAUUAGGAGAGUGCAAGAGCAUAGAUGAGUGUCAAACUAUGAUAGCUAGAUUUGACCUAAAUGGAGAUGGGGUGCUUAGUUUUGAUGAAUUUAGGGUUAUGAUGUUGUAA